UAUCAUCGAAAAAGGAAGGAGGUCAGCAUAAAAAGAGUUCCCCUUGAAACCCUGUAAUAGACAGGCGAAAACACCAAAGAACUGUUAAACCCUCUUCCUCAAAGCUGCAGGUGACAUCUCUUCGGGAAGCUUACCUCUGAAAAUGGAUGCGUUUCACUUUGACGAAAUUAUUAAGGUUCGAAAGGUGGAUGCUGAUGGCAAAAAGUAUGACAAAGUUUCUCGCAUAGAAGCAAGAUGUCAUGAUGGCGAAACAUCAAUACAGCUAGAUAUCAACUCAGAACUAUACCCUAUGCAGCCAAGAGAGUUGUAUAGGAUGGUUGUAUCAAAGACGUUGAAUAUGGAUGGAUCAGCUGUAACUAGCCAUCCUCCUGAGGGAGAGCAAAAAUCUCUUGCUGACAAAUUUGAAUACAUCGUGCAUGGGCUAGUUUAUAAGGUCUCAAUGGACACAUCAGGACCUGACAAAAAAGUAGUGGUUUAUGUCUCCUUCGGAGGACUUCAGCUGAUGUUGAAAAGUGAUCCCCUCAAGGUGCAAAAGUUCAAGCUCGAUGAGAAGCUCUUUCUUCUUUUGAGGAAGAUGACAAAGUGAACUCCAUUUGUUCUUGCUCUUGAAUCCUGGAAUUCUGGGUUUCUGCAUUUUCAUGACAUUUUUCGUUUCUUUUCGUUUUCUUAUUCAUGGAGAGAUGGAGCAGAGACUUUGUUUGCAAGAUUUUUGCCUAUCAACGUGAAACCUCUGCUGUUAACUGCAUCGUUGUUGGCGAAAUUAUGUACAGUUCUGACCUAAUUAAGAUGUAUCGACUUUUCUCUUGGCAGAGAUGUUUAUUCUUGAAAGUGUUUGCUA